GUAUCUACCGCUGUACAACAAACAGCACUCGCUCACCAUGUUUUUCUCCGGAAGUCUGCAGGAAGGGAUCGCUUUGGCGGUUUCUCAAGCUAAAGCGGUAAUAUGUUUUGUUCGAGAUGACGAGCAAACAAGUAUUCUCUGGGAAGAGGGUUACUUCGCAGACAGCGAAUUCGCGGACUUAGUCGCGUCGAGAUCUGUCCUGUUGCGACUCACCAAGGAUUCUCAAGAAGCCGGGUUUUUGACUUCCUUCUGCCCCAUUACGAAGUUCCCUGCCGUCAUAGCCAUUAAGAAUGGAAUGUUGCGGGAAUAUAUUAUACCGGAUAUCUCGAAAGAAGACUUUCAUAGUCGGCUAAAGGCUGUCUUAGAAGACAGUAAGCCGGCCGACCAGGCAAGUUCGAAGUUGCCUGCCCAGGGUACCCAGAGCCAUGCCACUAGUUCAUCUACUGCUUCUGAGACUACACCACGGUCUGAACCCGCCUCCUCCCCUUCUGUUGAUGCUGUUGCCCCAUCGCGAGCUUCAGCUUCAGCUGGGUCGCAAAGAAGCAGACCGCAACCUCGGUCAGCUCAACAGGGCCACAACAGCCUACAUGCCGGCCGGAGUACAUAUAAGGUGGAAACCCCUAUCCACGCACAGAAGCCUCAACCAAAGAAGCAAGAAGCAACUCCGAAACCACAAGAUAAAGUGAAAUCCACAGAUAGUACAAAAAAUAGCGAAUCAGAAACGAAAGCUACAAAAUUUCGUGCACCCGCCGAAAGCAGUAGCACGCCUGCAGAGGAGCGCAAGCCACAAACACCAGCGCCACCCAAGCAAUAUCGGCUUCAAGUGCGCCUCUUUGAUGGGAGCUCUAUCCGGUCCAGCUUUAUGCCCUCCCAGACCAUCAGGGGACAUGUCCGUCCUUGGAUUGAUGAACAGUCUGCGGACGGAAAACGCCCGUACAAUCUCAAGCAUAUCCUGACACCUCUACCGAACCGCACGCUCACCAUCGCCGAGGAGGAACAAACUCUGGCAGAGCUUGGAGUCGGCUCGACAGCGAACCUGGUAAUGGUUCCGAUCAAUACGUAUACUGAGGCAUAUUCGACGUCUGGGUCCAGCUUACCCGCUCGGGCUGUAUCAUCUGCGUAUGGUCUUGUUUCCUCUGCCGUUGGCACUGCCACGGGUCUAGUGGGUUCCUUCUUUGGCUAUGGCCAACUAGCAUCAACUACGUCCGAGGCCUCUCCAGCUAGCACAUCUACCCCAGUUUCAUCUGGUAACAGUGCAGCCAGGCCACGGCCGUCUGCAUUCAGAGGCCCUAUCAUCCGAACACUAAGGGACCAGCGUAAUGAGCAAAAUGGUAGCCAACUUUAUAAUGGGAAUCAGCUUAAUUUUGAGCCAAGAGACACAGAGAGGCAAUAGGAAUGAUGCUAGCUAGUUGAUGUAAACUAAGCCCACGGUUUUAGUUCUAAUUUUUGCUGCCUGAUUGGUUCUUUCUGCGACUUUAACAGCGAUAGCGUGCUACGUAUUCUUACAUCCAAGACAUUCGUUAGAUUGGCACAAUUCACGUUUACUAC